AUGUCAUCAUCUUCUCAGCGCAUUCCCAAUAGCCAAUUUCCCGUGCCCAAUUCCCUGCCAUCUUAUUGGCGGAAACAGCCUGCUGCAAUCGAUAAUCAUCGCAGUACCACCGACCUCGUUAGUGCGGCAGACAUUGUAGUCAUUGGCGCUGGUUACUCUGGCGCAUCCAUUGUACAUCACCUGGCGGAAGAAAGUUUGCGCGCUGGCAAGGCUACUCCUUCCAUAGUAAUUCUCGAGGCGCGCGAGGCUUGUUCAGGGGCUACGGGGCGAAAUGGUGGCCAUCUGAAACCAGAUCCUCUGUUGCGACCAGCCGGGCUGUUAGAUAGUCAUGGCGCAGCCGUCGCAGAGCAUGUGGCAUCAUUUGAGCAACGUCAGGUCGCCGCCAUCAAGGAACUCGUCGAGCGUGAGCGAAUUGACUGCGACUUUGAAGAGACGACUGUCAUGGAUAUUUGCAAGUAUGCCCAAGGACGGGAUAAGAUGAAGGCUAGUAUCGACAAGGUUACUAAAGCGGGUAUUUCCACUGCGAAGAUGAUAAGAUUUUAUACGGGCAGGGAGGCCGAAGAGGUCUCUGGUGUGCGAGGAGCACUGUCAUGUCAUACAUACAGCGGUGCACGUCUCGCACCCUACCGUUUGGUGACGCAUCUUCUGCAGAAAGCCGUAAAUCAAGGGGUCAACCUGCAAACUUUCACGCCCGUCGAGAGUGUCCGGGCUAUCGAGAAUGACGCGCAAGGCUUCAAAUGGGCCGUUGAUACUUGCCGCGGAACAGUCAAGACGAAAACAGUGAUCUUUGCUACAAAUGGAUACACAUCUGCCCUGGUGCCCGAGAUGAAAGGCAAGAUUGUACCGGUGAGGGGCAUGGUAGCACACAUUACAGCACCAAAUGCGCCGCAGCUGAAGCACAGCUAUAUGAUGCGGUUAUCAGAUUUCGAGUACGAUUACAUGAUUCCGCGACCAGACGACAGUGUCGUAGUGGGUGGUGGACGGCGGGAUUUUUACAAGAACUUGGAUGAUUGGUUUGAUGUGGUUGAUGAUAGCAAGUUGAUUGAUGCUGGAAAAGAGUACUACGAUGGGUACAUGCAGCGGCAUUUUCCUGCAUGGGAGAACAGCGGUGCUUGCACGCAAUAUUUGUGGACUGGGAUCAUGGGCUAUUCCAACGACGAGUUUCCGUAUGUCGGCCCAGCCUGCGGACGACCGGGUCAGUACGUUUGCGCUGGUUUCACGGGUCAUGGCAUGCCUCAGAUUUUCCUAUCAGCGAAAGCAGUAGCGGUGAUGGCUCUCACGGGAGAUACGGAGAAUGUUGAUUUGCCUUUGCCAUAUCGCAUUACUCCAGAGAGAUGGUCUGAGCAAAACGAGCAUGCGGCUCGUGAGACGUGGGAACGAGUUCAAAAAAAUCAGCCUGUGCUGGCAGCAAAACUGUAG